GAGGGGGGGUGCAGGCAGGGCGGUGCCCGCAGGUAGAGCUCCAGCUGCGGUCACGGGGAUCCGCACACACAGAGCAGCCAGUGUUGCUCGCUCAGAUCCGCGGACGGAGACUCCCUGGUCCCAGACUGACUCCGGUUCCUCCUCCGCUCGGCUGCAGGAAGCUCGCGGGGAAAAAGACACGAGAUCCGCCCCUGGUCUGGAAACACCGAACGAAACGGGGAAGUUGGAGCGAGUGUCGCUGGAAGCAUGUUCAGCUGGGUGAAGCAGGAGCAGGGCGGCCGCAACAAGGAAGGAGAGAUGUACCAGACGGUGACCGAGGGGCUGCAGACGCUCUACACCAAGAAGCUGCUGCCUCUGGAGGAGACCUACCUCUUCCAUGACUUCCACUCCCCGGCCCUGGAGGCCGCCGACUUCCAGAGCAAACCCAUGGUGCUGCUGGUCGGACAGUACUCCACCGGAAAAACCACCUUCAUCAGGUAUCUGUUGGAGCAUGACUUCCCCGGCAUGCGGAUCGGUCCCGAGCCGACCACCGACGGCUUCAUCGCGGUGAUGUACGGCGAGAAUGAGGGCAUCGUCCCUGGCAACGCUCUGGUCGUCGACCCCAAGAAGCCCUUCAGGAAACUCAACGCCUUUGGAAACUCCUUCCUCAACAGGUUUAUUUGCUCUCAGAUGCCCAAUCAGGUUCUGCAGAGCAUCAGCAUCAUCGAUACUCCAGGUAUCCUGUCUGGAGAGAAGCAGCGAAUCAGCAGAGGUUACGACUUUGCGGAGGUGCUGCGUUGGUUCGGGGAGCGCGUGGACCGGAUCAUUCUUCUGUUCGACGCCCACAAGCUGGACAUCUCUGACGAGUUCUCCGAGGCCAUCAAAGCCUUCAAAGGACAAGACGACAAGAUCCGCGUGGUCCUCAACAAGGCCGACCAGGUGGACACGCAGCAGCUGAUGCGGGUCUACGGCGCCCUCAUGUGGUCACUGGGGAAAGUGAUCAACACCCCGGAGGUGGUGAGAGUUUAUCUGGGCUCCUUCUGGGCCAAACCCCUCCAGAACACGGAGAACAGGCGUCUGUUUGAGGCUGAGUCUCAGGACCUGUUCCGGGACAUCCAGAGUCUCCCGAGGAACGCCGCCCUGCGAAAACUCAACGACCUGAUCAAGAGGGCGCGGCUCGCCAAGGUGCACGCCUACAUCAUCAGCUACCUGAAGAAGGAGAUGCCGUCUCUGUUCGGGCGGGAGAAGAAGAAGGACGAGCUGAUCAUGAGGCUCCCGGAGAUCUACACCAUCCUGCAGAGAGAGCAUCACAUCAGCCCCGGAGACUUCCCCAACGUCACCAAGAUGCAGGAAAUGCUGCAGCACUACGACUUCAGUAAGUUCCCGUCUCUGAAGAUGAAGCUGAUCGAGUCGGUGGAUAAGAUGUUGGCCUCGAAGAUCGCCGUUCUCAUGGCGAUGAUCCGGGAGGAGGAGUCCAAGGCGCCUCCCGCCAUGGUGUCGGGCGGCGCCUUCGAGGGCUCCCAGGACGGGCCCUUCGGCCAGGGCUACGGCGAGGGCAUCAGCGCCGGGGCCGACGCCGAGGACUGGAUCGUGAGCCGCGACAAGCACCGCUACGACGAGAUCUUCUACACGCUGAUGCCCAUCAACGGCAAGAUCACCGGCGUCAACGCCAAGAAGGAGAUGAUGAACUCGCGGCUGCCAAACACCGUGCUGGGGAAGAUCUGGAAGCUGGCCGACUGCGACCACGACGGCAUGCUGGACGACGAGGAGUUCGCCCUCGCGCAGCACCUCAUCAAGAUCAAGCUGGAGGGCUACGAGCUUCCCACAGAGCUGCCCCACCACCUCGUGCCCCCGGCGCACCGUAAAAACCCCACCGCGGACGCCCUGUACAACCACACCGAGGACUAGAGCGCUCGAAAACACACUGACUGAGCUGAGGAGUCAAAUAAAAAGCACCACAGGUCAAUGUCUUUACCGACGCUGGUCAGAGAACCACCGAGAGCCGCAGGAGGCAAAGGUUAAACCUCCUGAGGAGCUUCUCUAACACCCUCCAUCCUCACCACGUACACAUCAGCUGAUUUAAAUGCACCAAAGAAGAAGAAAAGAAAACAUAUGACAGAUAUUCAGUUUUACCUUCCUGCUUUUAUUUCUCGUGUCUUUGCUCCGAUGCCUCCGUCAACCACACGUUAAACCCAAUGCUGAUAUUAAUUAAUGUUACUGCUACAGCGCAAACACUCACGGAUCCAUUAGUCCAGGACAGAUUCGCUUUUCCUUGGCACAGAAAUUUAGUUUUGCCUCAUUUAACUGAACUUUUCCAAAGAUUUUAAAUCUUUUAUUGUUGUCUCAGUUUAUUGUUUAGGUCGAGUAACGCCCAGAAUCCAAUAAUAUUUAGAUUAUUAUGAGAGUCUGACAGUUUAAAAAAAAAAAAAAAAUCUGAAUAAAUAUUUUUGCUAAUUUGUUGACAAAAAUAAUCAUUUUCUUUUGAACAGCUGAAAGAUUUCUCCCCAUCUGCUCAAAUACAAAAAUACUUUACAUAAGUGUAACAUGUGAAUUAGCUCAAGUCAAGCAAAUAUAAUAAUAAUGAGGAGGAUAAAGAAGUGAAUUAAGACAAAAUAAACAAGAUCACUGGUGUGCUUUUAUUCUGAAAGCAGGAAGCACGGCUGAGGUCAGAGGUCAGGUUUCCUGUGGAGAUGAAGUGUUUGUCGUGACGUUUCCUCGUGUUGUAAACGGCUGCAGCAGGAGAGACGUGACCUCUGACCUCUGAACAGUCUCACCUGGUCUGAAUCUACCUGGGUCUCCACACGUGUCCCCAGCCACCUCCGGAGAUCUGAUCUCAGUUCAGUCUGGGUGUAAAUCAGCAGCAGCGCCACCAUGUGGUCAGUAGAAUAUUGUAUCAGCUGCUGUCUCUGAUGGAUCUCUACCUACCACUGGACCAGAACCAGAAACAGACAUGAUCCAGAUUUAGAACCAGAUGGAAAGACUCUGAUAUGAUAAAUUCUGAUUUGCUUUAGAGACUCAGAUUAGAACUGAGGUCAGAUGUGUCCCAGACCACCUCCACAUGUGGACUGAGACCAGAUCCAGGUCUGAACGAGGCCAUAAAGACCUGAAUGUUAAAUUGAGUGAGUAACACCAGAAUGAAUCCUGCCUUCCAGUUUGGUGCCUUUUCCUUUCAUUUGUGUCUUAGUUCCACCUCGUUCUCUCUGUUUUAAAGCUCUGUUCAGUUCAGCGUCCUCUUUAAAGGCCUCGUUCUUAUGACGGGACGGACGCCGUCCUCGAGGAUUCGCUGUGAGGGCCGCUUCACGCUAGUGCCUUUUAAAAGAAAAUACAAUAUAUAUUUUUUAAAGGUGUUGGAGGAGAAGCUGUUUGUGUCGGUGCAUUUCGUUCCUUCUUCCCUAAAAGAAAAAAAAAGUACCUAAUAGUCUUUAACAACGUGGCCUUAAUCAGCAUUUAAAUAAAGAAAAAGUUCUAAAAAGGGAAAAACAUUAAACUUUAGUGGAUAAAGAGUUGAAACAAAAACCAGAAAACAAUAUAAAACAUUCGUUUCUGACGCAGACUCUCAGCUUUAAAUGUGUCAUCACUACUAUGAAUAAUUUACCAAAAAUCAAAUGUGAGAUCAUGUUAGAAACGUUUAUUUUUUUUAUUUUUUUCUCAUAUUUAGCAGAACUUUUAAACAAACCAAGUCUAGUUUUGUUUUAAUCCUUCAGGUUGUUUUAUUGCUGUGUUCAGACUCGUAUGAAUAUUGGAUUAUAAUCUCAUCAUUGCUUUUGUUCCGCUGAUAAAAGCCUGUCGCAGUUUCCCUUUUCUUUAAUUAAACUUCCACAUGCACAGACUGAGUGACCAUAUUUGCCAAAUAUGUGAAUUAAUGAGACGUAAUCCAGUCACUGCUUUUGUGUAUCAGUGUCAUUUGUGUCAUUUGUGUCAUUCCUCUGUAGUUUAAGGAUUUAAGGGAAUUAAGAUCUGGUGGCUUCCAGCAGGUUUUCUUCUCUCAGUGCAACUUUAUUUUAUCUGAAUGUAAAAGUCUUUUAUUUUUGUGACAAAUCGUUCCUGAGACUGUGUUUGAUGCAGCGCUGCUUCUGAGAAACAAAUAAAGUUUAUUCAACACGUG